AGCUGUCCAAUUCAAUUAUUUUCAUUCUUUUUUGUUAAAUAUGCAUGCUCACAGGGACUGCCACAGCUGGAUUGUAGUUUUGAACAAAAUAUUCCAGAACAGGAUUUACCAUACACAGGUGAACCUUACUCAUCAUGCCAAACUUUGAAUUUAGAUGCUUCUGCAGUGUUCCAGUAUAAAAAGAAUGAUAAUGCAUCAUUCUUUCAUGAAGGUGGAAAAAUCUAUUUUGGGCACACAAAGCGUGACUCAGGAAGUGUAGAAUCAGAAAUCGGCAUAGCAUCAAUCUCAGAGGAAGGAGAGAUAUCUAAUGUAAUCAAAACAAGAGAAAAUUCUCAAAAAAUGAUUGCUCAAGAUGCUGACCUUGUGGGAACGCCUUUUAUCCGAGGUGAUUAUGUGUACUUCCUGUUUCGUGAAAAUUCGCAGGAGUCUGCAAGCUCCAGUGUAGGCCAACCGUAUCCUCUGAACACCAUCCGGAGUAGAAUUGCAAGGAUUUGUAAGGAUGAUGCUGGAUCCUCACUCAACCUCGUCAGUUAUUUGAAGCAGCAGCUAUUAUGCUCCAAAAAGUCAAAUGAAGUGUGGGAAACAACACCAUAUGUAUUUGAAGACAUACCAAUGGUGUACAAUGAGAUACAGGACUUUGAAAUCAAAGAGAAUGGUUCAGACAUUUAUGCUAUUUUCACCAAUGAACGAAAUGCAUAUCCGCAGUCAGCUCUCUGUGUAUUUAGUUUGAAUGAAAUAGACGGUAACUUUGCAACUGGUAAUUUCUUUGGGUCUGAUGGUGAUGUACAAAAUGAUUUAUGGAGGGCUAAUGAUGGAUCUACGGUUUCACCAAGACAUGGAGCAAAUUGCUCCAAUCCAAACACCGCUGCAAACAACUUUUUACGUGACUACAACCUUAUGGACGUCCCUGCAGUUCAGAUAAAUGCUCCACUUACCAUGGUUGGUGAUCGGUUCUCUAGUCUUGAAAUGACAGGAGACUCAUACAUUAUUUCAUCAGAAAGGGGAUGUCUGUACCAGUUUAAUAUUUCUACUUCCAGUGGAGAUCUAGGUGACCCAUGUCAUCUGAAUGAUACUAUCGAAGAGUCUGUAAUUGCGGAUUUAGAGAGCCACAACAAUGGCUAUAUGUUCACCACACCUUAUAGACUGAGCUUGUGUAACGUUAGUGUUGCACCAGACCCUCCAUGCAAUAAAACAGCAGUAUUUCCAGAACCUGGCGAUUACUCCGUAAGACCAAACUCUGUCUUCAACAUCUACACUGAAAACACAUUUGACUCUAUAACUAUUACAAACAUCACUGGAGGAGAGAUCACUGAUGGUAGUUACCUUCUCUUGGUAAAGGAGAGUUUGGAUGCUGAUGAGUCACUUGUCCACUAUCAGAUCUUGAUUUUAAAUGAAACCAAUGUGGCAAUUACAGGAUGCAAUGAAGAGACAAUGAAUUUCAUCAUUUCUUUGAUUGAACCUGGUAAUUACACACGUGAUGAACUGGAUAGAAGAUGUGAUGAUUGGAAUUUGGCUUAUAAUACAUCACAAUACUUAAAUAAUAAUGACACAUGUGGAAAUGAAAAUGAGACUGGUGAAUUUGAACCUGUAACCUUGAUUGAGGAUCGUCAGGUCACAGCUUGUGAAAACUGUGCGUACAAUGACUGUACAUCUGACUGCUGUGAAUACUAAAAUCACUUAACGCAAAAAGAAAGUGUAAUCUUACAAAAAAGCAUGGGGUAAUAGUCUGAUCGGAGUUUUCAUCAGAAGUGCGAUACAAAGAUAUGUAUCUCAAAUCAGUAAGUCUAUUUUCAUUGAGAACACUUUGAAACACGGGCUAAGAAUUCACACGGGAGGGUCUUUUUUUAAAUUUUCACGAACAUAUUAUUUUUCUGGGAAAUUAUCAUUUUUCACAACAAGGAACAAUAUAGGUCACUGUCUGAUGUAUUUUCAUACUUUAUUGUCUAUAUAUUAUUAUUGUUAUAACUAUAUAAUUAUUAUUAUUGUUAUUAUUUUUAGUAGUAGUAGUACAUGUAGUAUUUUAUAUUACCGUAAAAUAGCCUUAAAAACUGACAUACUGAAGCUUUUCAACAUACACUCAUCAGAGUAAAAAUCGCAUGAAUGACUAAAGCGUUAUUAUAACUAAUUUGUCUUUGUAAAAAAAAGUUUUAUUUUGAUUGAGAGGAGCCAGAAAAACUGAAUUGGAGACAGUGUAAAUUCCAGUUGUACUUUAUGAAGUAUCAAUUCUUGUGUCAAAUCAACUUUCGUAUUCAAAUAAUGCAAAAGUAGAGCAUUCCUUCAUUCUGAAACUGUUUGCAAAAUUCUGUAAAUCAAAUUAAAGGAAAACACUCUUUAGAUAUAGAAUAUGAGCAUGGUUUUAGUAAAUAAAGUGUGAAGCAUUCUUUUACUAUUGGGUUAUACAUAUGAUUACUCCUAAUUAUGUUGUUUUUUAAUCUUAUUUUGUGUGUAUAGGCUCAUGUAUUCUGGAAAGAAAAAUAUACCUUUCUUUUGAUUAGUCAUGAUAUACUUUUAUUCAUAUUUACCAUGAUUAAGUUUUGAUAUUUUAUUGAUGACAGUCAGGAGGAUGUUCAUUUUAAAUGAGAAUUGUUAGUUUUAGUUAUCUUACAAUAUCUUGAAGGUAAGCAUGGUGGGGGAGGCUUCCAAAUUGGUGUAAAGAUAUCACAAUGGUUUGUAGUCCAUUGUUGGCAGGUACAUGUAUCCAACAUCUCUGGAGGACAAGUGUGCUUUAGAAGGACAUUAAAAGUGAUAUUUGCUAGUCUCUUUUAAUAGAGAUAUUGUAGUGAUCAUCAUGGGACUGAAUACUCCAUAUAGAGAGGAUGUACAUUCACAUUCAAUUCCUGCAUUUUGCAAGCUUGAGGUUUUGCUUUUGUUAAAGAGCUUAGGGAUAUGUUAAGGUCAAAAUUAAUUUUAGUAAAAUAAAAAUAUCAAUACAUUCAUUGCUUUGUAAUUGCAUAUUUGUUUUAGAGAGCUAUUUCUUUAGAAGGAAUUUAAAGGUAUUAAGGUCAUCCUAAUGUCAUGUUAUUUUUUUAAGUAGAGAAAUUAAGUUAAGGGUGUUAUACUCAUCAGUGCAGGAUUGAAUGAAGUGGGGCUUUAAGCCAUUGACUACUGGAAACAAGGUAGUCCCUUCGUAAAUUAUAUUGGAAUAAUGUAAUUAAGUAGUCAAUAGGUUGAGAUGUAAAUAAUGAUCGUCUUUAUGGUAGAUAUGUUUGAUGAGUCUUCAGAGCCUUGUUGGAUCUUCGUGCCUUGGUUAAUUCAGCCAACCAUAUUUCAUUCUUGAUAUCACUUAACAGGCAUCACUAUACAGUAUAUAUUCAAUUUGUGUUUAGUUUUAUACUGUUGUGAAUGUACAGAGGUGCGCAUAAUUUAAAUGAGCCAUUGUAUUGUAUGAUUAUAAUAAAUGGUAAAUUGUAUAGUCAGAUAUUUGUUUUUUCUAUAAUCAAAGUAUGGUAUAUCAAAACCCUAUUCUGGUUUUGUGUACCCUUAAGAUGGCAGUGGUUUCUUGUUUGAAGAUUGCCAUUAGCAUGACAAAAUAAAAGUUAAUCCUAGCAUUGGUAAAAAAAAAAAAAUUAUAGGAACACUUGAGGAUUUCUACCAGAUUAUUUUGCUCAUGUUUGCCUUCAAAUUUUUUUUUAUUGCUUGUUUCUAUUUUUUAUAUUUUAAUGAUUUAUUUGUUUUAAUUGUAAUUAUAUAUGUAUAUAAUUUUUUUAAAUUUUUUUUUUUUGGGGGGGAUCAUAUUCAAUAGUAAAUGUACAACUGCUGAUGCUGAAAGUGUUAGUAUAAAGAAACUAUGACUUUAAUUUUUUUAUUUCUGUUGUAUUUCAUUGAAUGUGGAUAAUGAAAUAGCAGAUUACUGAAAAAAUAUAAUUUUUUUCUUUGCAGAAGUGGUUUAGAAACCAGCUGCUCAUUGUUUGAAAUUAGGUCUUUAAAAUAGUUCAUAGUUAACAUGUUUUUUAAAAUUAUAAUUUGAUUUGCGUUUGUUACCUAUAUUAUACUUAUGCUGGUAUAUAACUAAGGAGUUAACAUAAUUGCCUAUUACACAGGUUAGUUAUUAGAGUAGGCCUAGGGAGCAUGUAAGUCUGUUUGACAAGUGCAACUCAAGAAUAUUCAGAUAUCCCAUACUGGUCUUGGUCUUGCAUGUAAUACUCAGAAUAUUCCAGUCAAUAAUGGAAAUAUAAGUUGAAGCAUAUGAGCAGUGCCAUGUCUGUGAACUGUUGGUUGUAAUUGUAAAUAUUCUUGAAUCAGUCAUUAUAACAGCAUGCACGUGUACUUUAUCAAUUUUUAGAUUGGUUAUUCUAGGUGUCUUUCACAGAUAUCAAAUUAUUUCCAGCUUGCCAUAAAGAAAAAUGUUUAAGAAUUACUAUGUAGUUGGUAGCAUUUUGAUGUCAUUAAAUGAUUUGCUUUAGUAAUCAAAAAGUUGACUGUAAUCAAAACUAACUGAAAUAAAUGUGACAAUGAGUGAAUGAGAAAUUGACCAGAUUAACCCUAACUGGGCUGGGGUAAGGUCUUAUACCCCCACCCUCCCUCAACGUUUGGUGUGAAUUAAUUCUACCUUUCUAAAAAGAUUUCACUGCAAUGUCGUACAACAUAUUUUUACCUAGUUUUUCACAUCUUGGGAUACUAAAUUUGUAACCCCCAGUAUGCAUAUAAUCUUAAGAUACACUCAUCAUACCAAAAUGAAAAAAACAUAUAUUUUGUGUAGAAUUUUGAUAAAGGCUGUGUUUUAGCCCAAAUUUAUAGUAUGAUUACAUUUUCGCCAUUACUUAAUCACAACGAAUAAGUUACAUGUUUUUUUAUGAUUGCAAAAAUGUAGCUAGUAAACCUAAUUGUCUGAUAACUAAAGGUGAAUUUGCGUACAUAAGAAUAACAUUAACUAUCAUAUUAGGAUGUUUAUGGAUUUAUAUCACCCCCCUGAUUUCACAAUAUUACAUUGAUAUAAAAAUAUCAAUAAAAAAAAAAUGUAGAGUUUGCAGCUUAUGCUAUGGGCAAACUGUGUGCUGAUCUUUUCAAAAAGCCAAUUGUGUGAUCAAUAGCCAAGAUCAUUAUGUACCAAAUAGCUGGGCUUAAUUAGGGUUAAACUUUGCCACUUUCUCUUUUUUUUCAUUUGGUGAAACAGAUGAGAAAAUUAAUCUAUGAUCAGGACAAAAUGUUCAGUGUUUUUGUAAAUUAUGUGAUAUAGCAUGAAAUGCAAGAUAGUUUUUGUAACAAAUGUGUUGUAUUGUAAUUGGUACAGUGUGUCAAAAUGAUAAAAAUAUGGGGGAGUUACAGGGAGGCUCUGGGCUGAACAUAGUUACAUCUUAAUACAGUAAAAAUCACUGGGCAAAGUGCUGAAAAUUUCAUCAAAAUCUGAUCACAAAUAAUGAAAUUUAAAGUUUAGCAAAACAGUUUAAUGCCCAUGUUCAUAAGGUGGUGUGGCCACAUCCCCACUUUCGCUUUUAUGUUACAUUUAUUUAAUGAAAUCACAAUUAUUUCAUUUUUUCAUACAUGUGUUGUCUCUGUUGUAUCAAUAUGUUACAGCUGUGAAUAUCUAAUUCAGUUUUCAGUUAGCUCAUUGAAUAUUCAUGAAGACAUGCCUAGAACUGUUUCAUAAAAAUAAUGCAAAUCUUUAAAAUGCUGUAAUAGUGCUAUUCUUUGUCCAGUUUUGAUGUCAUUUUCAGUGUUUUGUUUGUCUGAUAUAUUGUAUUUUCAGCCAGAAGUACCCCUUUAAAACAGUCUGAUGUAGUGAACAGAGGAUAAAAUACAUAUAUUUUGACAUGUUGGCAAGUUUUUCUUUAAUUGCUAUUUUUGCAUGGAAUUAUGAAAUUUGCUGUGAUAUCUUGGCAUAAGGCAUCUUUUUGGUGAAAAAGAAAUAUAGAGCAGCUGGAAAUAAUUAUCUAUUUUAAGGAUUUUUGUAUAUAAUGAGGUUUAUGAGGAACUGUCUACAUGUACAUGGUCUGUUUUAAUCUUUUUAUGUCGAUGUUAAUCAUAUUCUUAAGUAGAAAACAAUAUGAUCUCAUUUUGAGUACUUUGGAAAUACUUCUAACCUGUUUGUAUCAGCUGUAUGCAACAUCACAAACCUACAUGAAGCAAACUUGUUUUAAUUUAAGAUAAAAAGUUUAUUAACAAUUCAAAAAAUUGAUGGUAUUCCAGAAUACAAAAUGUUUUUAAAAGCUUAAAAUGAAUGGAAUUGUUAUUACUUUAACCAUUAUUGUAUCAUUGCACAAGUCAAUUGGUUGGUCAUUUUCCAAAAUACAACUUAUAACAAAAUAUUUUGGGGGACAUAAUUGAUUUAUCAUCAAGCUUAUUUUCAAAGUUUCAAAUCGCUAUUACUUGUAUGUAUUUAUACAAUAUAUUUCUAUAAUCAUUCUACAUUUGAAAUGAAAUUAGCAAUGCAGACCUCUUGACAUUUCUGAAAGAAAUGUAGGAUUUUUCUGUAAAACGAAAGAGAAAACAAGAAAACGAUCUGAUUGGAUCCAAUGACUAGUUCUAAUAACUGGUCCUGGUUUUGAGAAGAGGAUGUUAUAUCAAAUAACACAGAUCCAGACAACACUGCAUACCCAUUGUUUUGCUCAGGGUUCAGAAUGAUAACAUACAACUUGUUACCUUUGAAUAAGUCCAAAUGCCCUUGGCUAGGCUUCGGGCGUGUUAGAAUUGUUCCAAAGGUACCUCAUGCGUUUGGUUCUUACUAUCUUGAUCUUGAUGAUGUGUAUCUUAUGUAUAUCAUGAACCUGGUUCCAUGAUAUCCACUCCGGCAACAAUUUCUCUGCUAUAAAUUCCACAAACAACUAGAAUGGCCGACUUCAGUCCUGGGUUUAACACUAUAUAUUCCCUAUCCUAAACCUAGUCAUAAAACACUUUUGAAACCCUAACCCUAUAUUUCAGAUGAAAUAAGCCCAGAGCAAUUGUCGCCAAAGCAACUGUCGCGUCACCUACUAGCCUUGCAUAAGAACGGAUGCCAUCCAAGUAUCAUUGCACCUGUUGCAUUUCAGGUAUACUACACUGGUCAAAAUAUACCUUAUGCAUUGUCAUAAUCUCAAAGCGCCCUCCCUCAGAGGAUAUAGUAAUACAUGUAAACAGAGUUGUCAGAGAUGUGUCAGCUGCAGAUCACCAAUGCAGGCAGGACAAUGGCUUCAGCCUCUUAGAUAGUGGCGCAAUGUGUCAGUGCAUAAAACAUCUAUUAGGAUUCCAUUUUCUGAAUUCAGAAUGGUUGAAAGGUCUGUGAAGCCUAGUAUGAUGUUUCUUGAUGUUUGUCUAAUUUCACACUUUUUAAAGUUAAGAUUACCACACAAUAUUCAGUGUCUUGGAUGUCCUUGACUGCAACUAUAAUUGUAAUCAACAUCCAUGGUAGCAAAGCUGAAUUAUAAUUUCAAUGUGUAAGCCCUAAAAUUACCAGUGUUACUACAUGUAAGUUACUCAUGCAAGCUUCCUGUAAACAUAAGAUUUGCACUGGCAACGUUGGAUGCAAGAUUAUACUCCAUACAGGGCCAUUAAGAAAGUGGGUUGUUUUCUUCAGUUUUCUGAUGUGCAAAUUGGAACAAUUCCAAUAUUUGGCAAAACGGGGAUGUGCCCCCUCAAUUCAUG